AUGGCGGCCCUCGUGGACUCGUCUCCCCCGACGUCUUCGAAGCCCGACGAUCCCUACCGCCCCAGGUCCUCCGAGGACUCCCUCUCCUCCGUCUCCACCACGAGCCUCGUGUUUGAGCGAAUCGGCCAGCACGUCAACGAGAAGUUGGCCCUUAAAUACCCCGACCGAAAAGCGGGCACCAACUACAACGACGACGAUGAUGACGACCCGCUCAAGGACGACCCGCAGGAUGACGAUCCCGACAACGACCUCGAGACGGCUCGGUUCCUCGCCCCCGGCGCCGGUAUUCAGAACCGCGGCGCGGACAGGCGCUGGUGCCGCAUCCUUGGCGGGAUCGCCGCCCUCCUCACCGCCUUGUGGGUCGUUGCCCUCUUCUUCUUCCUCUCCGGAGGCGGCAAGGAGGCCGGAAAGGUGGCCGUGGGCGGCGGCAGCGUGGUCGAGCCCGGAAGCGCCCACGUCGGCGGCGGCGGCGGCGCCAAGCCUCUGUUGGGCAACCCCGUGACCCUGGACCAUAUCCUCAACUACGAGUGGUCGGCCGCCAGCCACUCCAUCAGCUGGGUCCCCGGCCCGAAUAACGAAGACGGGCUCCUGCUGCAGCAGGGCGCCUCGGGCAAGGACUACCUCGUCGUCGAGGACGUCCGCGCCACGGACCAAGAUGCCGCCGCCGGCGGCAAGGCCCGCGCUGCCGGGGAGAAUCCCGCCGUGUUUAGCAGCCGCACGCUGAUCAAGACGUCGGGCCUGCGCUACGGCGACCAGUUCAUCCACCCGGAAAAAGUGUGGCCGAGCCGGGACCUGACCAAGGUGCUGCUCGCGACCAAGUCCAAGAGCGUGUGGCGCCACUCCUUCACCGCCGAGUACUGGAUCCUCGACGUGGCGACGCAGGCCCUCGAGCCGCUCGACCCGCUCGACGUGAACGCGGUGGUGCACUACGCUGUAUGGAGCCCGCGGAGCGACGCCAUCGCCUUCACCAAGGACAACAACCUGUACCUGCGCACCCUCGACACCCGGGCGAACAAGAAAGUGCGCCAGAUCACGCGCGACGGCGGGCCCAACGUCUUUUACGGGAUCCCCGACUGGGUGUUCGAGGAAGAAGUGUUUAGCAGCAACCAGGGCACGUGGUGGUCCGAGGACGGCAAGUUUAUCGCGUUUUUCCGCGCCAACGAGACCGAGGUGCCCGAGUACCCCGUCGAGUUCUUCAUCGACCCGCCGACGAACCAGGUGUCGGGCGACGACAUGCUCUACCCCAAGACCGAGUGGCUCAAGUAUCCCAAGGCGGGCUCGCCCAACCCCGUCGUGGACGUGCAGUUUUACGACGUCGAGGCCGGCGAGGCCUUUGCCGUGCCCGUCAAGGGCCGCUUCGCCGACCACGACCGCCUCAUCACCAACGUCUUGUGGGCCGGGGACAAGGUGAUUAUCAAGGAGAGCAACCGCGUGAGCGACAUUAUGCAUGUCGUGCUCGUCGACCCCAAGGCCCGCUCGGGGAAAAAGGUGAGGACGGUCAACGUGGCCGAGCUGGACGGCGGUUGGUUCGAGCGGUCGAAUCCCCGCUACAUCCCGGCCGACGCGGCCAAGGGGCGGCCCGAGGCGGGCUACAUCGAUACCGUCAUCAGCGGUUUUGGUGAUCACCUCGCCUAUUUCACGCCCUUGGAUAACCCGGAGCCCCGGAUGCUGACGUCGGCGGAUGAUUGGGAGGUGGUGGACGCGCCUUCGGCCGUCGACCUGGACAACAACCUCGUGUACUUUGUGUCGACGCAGGAGUCGUCCAUCCAGCGCCACGUGUACAGCGUCGGGCUCGAGGGCGGCGGCGAGGUCAUACCCAUGACCAACGUCACCGAGGAGGCCUACUACGGCGUCUCCUUCUCGAGCGGGGCGGGCUACGCUUUGCUCCACUACCAGGGGCCCGAGGUGCCCUGGUACAAGGUGGUGUCGACGCCCGGCAACGCGGGCCCCGGGUUCGAGCACGUGGUGGAGAAGAACGAGAAGCUGCAGCGCAUGGUGCGGGAGCACGACCUGCCGGAGCAGCGGUACGGCACGAUCGAGGUGGAGGGCGGGGUGCGGCUCAACUACGUGGAGCGGCUGCCGCCGGGGUUCGACCCGGCGCGCAAGUACCCGGUGCUCUUUUUCCAGUACUCGGGCCCGGGGUCGCAGCAGGUGCACAAGCGGUUCGCGGUGACGUACCAGACGUUUGUGGCGUCGUCGCUGGGGUACGUGGUGGUGACGGUGGACGGGCGGGGCACGGGCUUCAUCGGGCGGGCGGCGCGGGUGCUGAUUCGCGGGCACCUGGGCCGGUACGAGGCGCGGGACCAGGUGGCGGCGGGCGCACACUGGGCGGCGAAACCGUACACGCUCGAGGUGGAUGCGGGAAAGACGUUUUCGUACGGGGUGGCGGUGGCGCCGGUGACGGAUUGGCGGUUGUAUGAUUCGAUUUAUACGGAGCGGUAUAUGGGGACGCCGCAGGAGAAUCCGGAGGGGUAUGCGGAGACGGCGGUGCAUGAUGCCGAGGCGCUGGCGGGGACGGGGACGGGAAACACUGAAGAUGACGGGGGCAAGAAGGGUCCGGUGCGGUUCUUGGUGAUGCACGGCACGGCGGACGAUAAUGUGCAUGUGCAGAAUACGCUCAAGUUGCUGGAUCAGUUGGAUACGGUGGGGGCGCAGAAUUACGAUGUGCAUGUGUUUCCGGACAGUAAUCAUGGGAUUUACUUUCAUUCGGCGAAUCGCGCGUUGUAUCAGCGCAUGACGGACUGGAUCAUCAACGCGUUUAAUGGGGAGUGGGUUCGGUUGAGGCAUCCGAAGCCCAAGGUGGAGACGAAGAGGAAGAGGGUUGUGGAUGGGGCCGUGGAGGCUGUGGUGUGA